AUGACAAGCACCGAUGAUCUUCACGACUCUAUCGUCGUCCGCCUCUCGAAAGAAACUCUGCAGGAUAUUGAAGGUCUUGACCCGGCGAAGUUUGGCUUCGGAAGGGAGGAGUGCUGCGGACCGUUGCCGUCAAAGCUUCCAGGUAGCAUGCUGUUCACGCAGCAUAUCUUUCUUGCCACGGAUUUAUCCGCGUCAAAAUGGGGACCUAGGACAGAGAAUGUCCCUGGCCACAGCUCGCUAGAGAAAUCACUGAAAGAAGUGGGAGGCAUGAAGUUAACGGUGUACCAUCGCCCCGGCCCCGAUGCGUGCGUAUUGCGGUUUCAGUGUGACGAGGCCCUUGAAUCCAUCAUCAUCACACAAUACAGCUGCAUCUCGGAGGGGGCCCUUCCUUGGGAGUCCAAGGGGGCGAUAAGUUGCGAUCGCUCAAACGAAGUGUUUGUCUUUGUCUGUGCACACCGGACUCGAGAUAGCCGCUGUGGGUAUUGCGGUGCAGUUCUGGUGGACCUCCUUCGUCAGUCCAUGAAGACCAAGGAGGGAAGCAAUGAGUUCGUUCAUGUAUACCCCUGCUCCCACAUUGGCGGCCACAUCUAUGCAGGUAAUGUUCUGGUGUACACAAAGCACGGUGGUGUGUGCUUUGGUUGCUUUACCCCGGCGGAUAUAGAUACCCUCGUUGAUUUCCUUAUUGCGGGUGGAGCGAGGAUCCCUCCAUCUCUGGAGUCACGAGUUCGUGGGCGCAUCGGAUACUCAAAAGCGAACUCGAAGUGUUGCGUCAUGUAG